GGAGGGAAAAGGGGAGGAGGAGGAUGUGAGACUGGGUUAGAGAAUUGAAAGGAAGCAAGGCUUUCUGGUGACAUUCAGUGCAGUCUCCCUGCAGCACAGCACGCUCCUCUUGGGCAAGAACCUGAGACCCCUUGUGCUAAGUCAAGAGGCUGAAUGGGCUGCAGAAGAACUAGAGAAGGACCAAGCAAAGCCAUGAUAUUUCCAUGGAAAUGUCAGAGCAUCCAGAGGGACUUAUGGAACAUCUUCAAGUUGUGGGGGUGGACAAUGCUGUGUUGUGAUUUCCUGGCACAUCAUGGAACCGACUGCUGGACUUACCAUUAUUCUGAAAAAUCCAUGAACUGGCAAAGGGCUAGGAGAUUCUGCCAAGACAGUUAUACAGAUUUAGUUGCCAUACAAAACAAGGCAGAAAUUGAGUACCUGAAUAAGACUCUGCCUUUCAGUCAUUCUUACUACUGGAUAGGCAUCCGGAAGAUAGGAGGAAUAUGGACGUGGGUGGGAACCAACAAAUCUCUCACUGAAGAAGCAGAGAACUGGGGAGCUGGGGAGCCCAACAACAAGAAGAACAAGGAGGACUGCGUGGAGAUCUAUAUCAAGAGGGCCAAAGAUGCCGGCAAAUGGAAUGAUGAUGCCUGCCACAAACCAAAGGCAGCCCUCUGUUACACAGCUUCUUGCCAGCCCUGGUCAUGCAGUGGCCAUGGAGAAUGUGUAGAAAUCAUCAAUAAUUACACCUGCAACUGUGAUGUGGGGUACUAUGGGCCCCAGUGUCAGUUUGUGAUUCAGUGUGAGCCUUUGGAGGCCCCAGAGCUGGGUACCAUGGCCUGUACUCACCCUUUGGGAGACUUCAGCUUCAGCUCACAGUGUGCCUUCAACUGCUCUGAGGGAACAAACUUAACUGGGAUUGAAGAAACUACUUGUGGACCAUUUGGAAACUGGUCAUCUCCAGAACCAAGCUGUCAAGCGAUUCAGUGUGAGCCUCUAUCAGCACCAGAUUUGGGGACCAUGAGCUGUAGUCACCCACUGGCCAGCUUCAGCCUUACAUCUGCAUGUACCUUCAGCUGCUCAGAAGGAACUGAGUUAAUUGGGGAGAAGAAAACCGUCUGUGAAUCAUCUGGAAUCUGGUCAAAUCCUAGUCCAAUAUGUCAAAAAUUGGACAGAAGUUUCUCAAUGAUCAAGAAUGGCGAUUAUAACCCCCUCUUCAUUCCAGUGGCAGUCAUAGUUACUGCAUUCUCUGGGUUGGCAUUUAUCAUUUGGCUGGCAAGGAGAUUAAAAAAAGACAAGAAAUCCCAGAAAAGUAUGGAUGACCCAUAUUAAAUUGCCCUCGAUAAAAGAAAACUCUUGGAAUACUAAAAAUCACUGGAUCCUUUAAAUCCUCCCACGGAAACUUUUGCGUGGUGGCGCCUCCUACAACAAAGAUGAAGUGUGUUUCCUUCACCGCAUCUGGAAAGAUUUCUACCUGACCAACAGCUCCUUCUGCUUCCAUUUUGCCCCUCAUUUAUCUCUCAACCCCAGCCCACAGAUGUUUAUACAGCUCAGCUUUUUGUCUUUUCUGAGGAAAAAUAAGAUCAUAAGUGGAAAAGAUUAAGGUGGAAUAUGAACAUGGCUGACUCCCCUCUUUCUUGACUCCUAUUUCCAGUUUCAAUUCACUGCUGUACCUGAUGACAGACACUUCUAAAUGCAGUGAAAAUUUGACACAUAUGUGACUAUGGGCUUAGUUUUCUUGCAAAUCAAAUUUCACAUCCUGUCUUCUGUAUACUGCGGAGCUACACUCUUACAAAAAGUUCACAAAGUCUAUGCUGUCCUUGCUGUCUAAGUCCAGUGAAGUGACGGGGUCCUGCUCAAGUUGAAAGAGUCCUAUUGCACUGUAGCCUCACCAUCUGUGGAUGGAGACCAUCCUAUUUAACUGCCUUCAGCCUCCUCACCUUCUUCGCUGCCUUUCUUUUUCAGUUGGCUGGCUUACAUAUGUAGUGUCUCAUGAGUGCCACGCAAAAGAAGAGAAAAGAGAAAUAGCCUGCAUCUUUUUUUUUUUUUUUUUUUUUUUUUUAGUUUGGGGGUUUUGUGGUUUCUUUCUAUGAGAUCCAUUCCUAUUUCUUAUAGUCAAUGCUUCUUUUAUCAGUGUAUUAUUAAUAAGAAAACAUCACUGAAAUGCUAGUUGCAAGUGACAUCUCUUUGAUGUUAUGUAGAAGAAUUAAAACAGGUAGAGAAAUUCCUUGGAAGAGUUAAAACAGGUAGAGAAUGCUCUCCUUUCCUCUGCCCUCCAAACUUCUUAUCCACUUACCUAGAUUCUACAUAUUCUUUACAUUUCAUCUCAGGCCUCCCUCACCUCCACCACUUCUUUUAUAACUAGUCCUUAACUAGUCCAGCUCAUGAUGAUCUCCUCUUCCUGGCUUCUUCCUGAAAGUUAGCCUGUAAUAUGCAAUUUUGCAUUUGAAUACAGCCUGCUUUUUAAGUGUUACCUAGUUUGCCUAGUUUGUUAUUUUGAAAAUUAUCAUACAAACAUAUGAUAAUAUGUUUUCUCCCCAGUGAAAUUUUAUGCUCCUUUAGGGCAGAGAUUGUGCCAGAUCCCUGGAGUGUCAAUAAAUGAAUGUUCAAAUAAAUCAGAAAGAGCAUACA